GCAGCUGCCAGGGCCUGCGAGAACCUGGCGGCGCCCGAGAGGCGUCUUGACGGAAGGAGCGGCGGCUGCGGAGGAGGAAGAGCAUGGAGGCGGUGGUGUUCGUCUUCUCCCUGCUUGAUUGCUGCGCGCUCAUCUUCCUCUCAGUCUACUUCAUAAUUACAUUGUCUGACUUAGAAUGUGAUUACAUUAAUGCUAGAUCAUGCUGCUCGAAAUUAAACAAGUGGGUAAUUCCAGAAUUGAUUGGCCACACCAUUGUUGCUGUAUUAAUGUUGAUUUCAUUGCACUGGUUCAUCUUCCUUCUCAAUCUACCUGUUGCCACUUGGAAUAUAUAUCGUUUCAUUAUGGUUCCAAGUGGUAACAUGGGAGUGUUUGAUCCGACAGAAAUACACAAUCGAGGGCAGCUGAAGUCUCACAUGAAAGAAGCCAUGAUCAAGCUUGGCUUCCACUUGCUCUGUUUCUUUAUGUAUCUUUACAGUAUGAUUUUAGCUUUGAUAAAUGACUGAAGCUGGAGAGGCUGUGGUUGAAGUCAACAAUGCACAGUCGAGGAGCCAGAGACUGCUCACAUCAUCCUGAGAACCGUGACCAUAGCAGUAUAUAUUUUCGUCUUUGAACAAAAACUAUUUUUGCUGUAUUUUUACCAUAUAAAGUAUUUAAAAAGUAUGAAUUGAGUUUUUGUAAAUUUCUGGUUCUCAACUUCAGCCUGAACCGUAACAGAAAGGUGACUUUCAUUAUUUGUAUGUUGAAGAUGGUUAAAUGUGUGUUACCAGGACUGCAGUCCCAGUCUUGCAUGCCAAAGAAAUAAAGGCCACACCCCCCAGGGAAAACUUACUGGUGAGCAAAGCUGACUUUCAAGACCACUGAAACGUGGGCGUACAAAACAGCACAGGUAAUCUGGACAAUGGAAUCAAGUUAAUUACAGAUUUUUCCUACAUUGUGGCAGCUUCAUAUUGCUUAAAGAUCUUUGGUACUGUAAGCUAAGUGUUGUCACAAGAAUGGUAAAACAAUGUGACGUUUCAAAAUAUAUAUUUUUGCAGAAUUUGUGAAACCUUAUAAGCCAUUUGCCCAGGUAGAGUGUAAUUCCUGUCUAUAGACAGGAAAAAUAAAUUUUAAAAGCAAGAUUUUGUCAAGAGCUUUAUUUGAACCACUGCGUCCGUAAUCACCCAGACCCGUUCGGCUGUGUAUUUGAUUGCUCCAACUGUGUUUGACCUCUCUGAUGUAUACUGCAGUGGGUUUCGAGAGUUGAUUUCACAGAUGCUGAGAUUAGAAGCAGUAAUAUCAGUCACUUACUGUCAGUGAAAUUGAGCAUGCUACUUUAUCCUGUGCAGAAUCCGGGGUCUUGGUAUAAGCGCUUUAUUGGAAAUAUCAGUAUCCAUCAGAACUCAGUUCCUGGGAGUUAGCAGUAUUUGCAACUGGGUGCACUUGAGUUCUGCUCGCCAAACCUUGCAGUGUAAAGUGAACCUAGCAGUUUAUCCACAGUCCUAGUGGCUAUUUUAACGUUAUUGUCUUGAGCACUGGCAUUUAGGCAAAACAUGACUGUGUUUUAUGGCAGAGACCAAUGUGGAUUAUUCAUUUUAAGUGUGUCAGCAUUGGGUGGGUAAGCAAGGUGUGUGGUUUAAAGGGCUUGCACGUCCUUUGGGCCCUGGAUUAGGUCUGGUUCUGGCAGAAGCAAGGAGACUGCCAGGCUCAAUUCCCUGAAUAGACAGCCUACAUUUUGAGAAUGGACAUAGUACAGGGGUCACCCAUGGAAGGAAGAGUGAAGGCGCAGGCAGAGUCAGUUUGGUUUUGUUGGCUUCCUUGAGGGUCAUGAAAACUGCCCCUUGUGGCAGUCUUGUAUUUGCCAUGCCAGGGGCUAAGAAGCUGUAGCACAGAUGCUGUUUUACUUGUGUAUCUUCUUAACUUUUCUGAGGUCCUUCUGUUGGAGACGCAGCCUGCUCACUCUGCCUGCCGGGCCUUUCUGAGUAUUCUGCUCAGGCCAGAAAAGCAGUGGAGCUCCGGGAGAACUUCAGACCUUCGAGAUGAGACAGGUCCUUCAAAGAAACGGAAGACAUCUUGACCAAAAUGUUAUGUCUUUUUUGUUCAAGUUUUCUUACUAGAAACCCAUGUAAUUGCAAGAGUCUUUGUCAUUUUAUAUUUUGUCAGGCUUAUGUUGCUGAGGCUGAACAAAUCUGAAGAGUACCUGGUUUAUAAAAAAGGACAGGACCUCUGUACUUCUGAAGCACCAAUUCUGGGUAAAAAUACAAAGCCUCCCUUGUCCUGCUGUCUCUCAAAGGCAGGACAGGGCAGGGGGUUCACUUGGGUGUUUGUGUUUUUGUUGUUCAUUUGUUUUUUAAUUUUAGGGGCCCUUGUAUACAAGGAGGAGAAAGCACUGAUGUUUAAAAAGCUGUGGUGCCCAAGGCUAAUUUUAUAUACUUU